UUCCAUAGUAACAAGCUGUAUACAGUGUAUAAACUCUUAAAAUUACGUAAAUAAAUGUCGAAAGUACACAAAAUAACUGAUGUUAAUUAGUCAAAGUAUCCACCCAGUUAGGGGUGAUGUCAUCCUAGGAAUUGUAAAAAGUUAAUUAAUUAAACGAAAUCGAACAGUUGCGCGCGCAUUAUAUGGGUUUGACCACCAAUUAAGGAAACAACACAAGGUUAAAACUGAGCUUUCUGCUGUAUUGUUCCUUUUGUUUUAGAAAUGGUCACAAUACAGUUUUGACUGAAUAGUGCCUUAGUACAGUGUGAAAUGGAUAUUGAAUAUAACGUGACUAUAGAUAAAUAGUAGCUUUGGAGUAAAUGAUAAUUAUCAUCAACAUCUACCGAUGGACAAUUGCUGUUCCUCCCAUCAAUCACCAAGACCUCAAAGAAGAAUAAAUGGACUUCAAUUGCCCCUGAACUUCCAACAAGUCACAAGCUGGGUCGUGUUUAUUGCGACUGGCGCGUUGAAUUUCCUCAUAUUGAUAGACAUACAAUUUAACGAACUGAGGACGAUAUCAUUAGUGAUAUUCACUGUGCUAUAUAUCUCUCACGUUUCAUCGAAUCUAACUGCGUCGUUAUUAGAUCCGAGUGAAAAAGAACUGAGAAAAUUGGCAGUAUACAAUGUUCCUGAGUUUGAUCGAGCAGUUCACGCCCACGUUAUUGAAAAUGGAAGAUGUCAUCUGUGCAACAUUCACACAAGCAGCAGAAGGACCAAACAUUGCAGCAUUUGCAAUAAAUGCGUCGACAAUUUCGACCACCACUGCAAGUGGCUUAACAACUGCGUCGGCCGGAGGAACUACCUGGCGUUUGUUGCCUGCGUUACGACGGCUCUCAUGAUAUCUACAUUAACAACAUCAUUAUGUAUAGCAGACAUUGUGAUAUUUUUUACAAAUCCCAAAUAUUUCAGCAUUGAAGCACAAAACUUUAUUAAUUGUAGUACUUCAUACAGCAGCACGAUAGUGAUCCCAGGGUUUUGUAGAACUUCUAUAUCUUUUCUUGUAUUUUUGAUUUUAUUUUGUGUAAUGGCGUUAGCCAUCGGAUGUGCCUUAUUACAUUUGUGCUGUUUCCACAUUUAUAUAUCGUUGCUAGGAGUUACAACUUAUGAAUAUGUUGUGAGGAGUGGAGACUCGAUGACUCCUUCUUGCAAGUGUGUAAAGAACUGUAAGUGUUACAGGUGGAAUAUGUCUAAAGACCUGUAUACCAUAAGGCAACCGAAGCGCCAUGGGCAUGGUCGAUCUAGUGAUAACAUUAAUGAUGGUACAGUGGCGAAUAAAUUAGAAGUAUUUCGUACAGCAGAUAUACACAAUGGGGAAGCACACGUUAUUAACUUUAUUAGCAUACUAAUUAAUAAUGAAUUAGAUAAGGCAAGGAAAAUGUUUCUGUAUGAUAAGAACAAAAUACACCCUCACGAAGCAAGUAGUAGCAGAUAACACACUUCUUUAUCUACUUAGGUACUUCUUAGAUGCACUCUCCUUCAGCGUCUUUCGAACAUUUAGUGAAGGUAGGUUUAUUGAUAAGCACAAAUGCUUUCACGUUUUUGAUAUAUUAUUUAUUGUAGGUGUCUAUUCUACAAGUCUAACAUUCGUUUAGACUAUCCUUAGUUACUAGACAUACAUGAACUAUAAUAAAAAAACUAAAUGAAGAUGACGAUUGAUGCAAUAACGCUAUUCAAGUUUUGCACUCAUCUUUAUAAACACAAUACCUCAUAUUUAUCUCCACACUUUAUAUUUAUAUAAGGUACAUACAUCUUUCUUCAUUUACGUAAACAAUAAGAAUAUAUCUUGGAACUUAUAGCGGUUGCCUAUUGUGCCUGUGUAUGAGACACGAUUGUGUCAGUAUUUGUAUCGAAAAUAAUAUUUUUUAUAAUAUAAGCCCAGCAUUUCUGAUUAUCUACUUUUAUUGUUAUUAAAUUCUUAUUACAA